AAUGACGCCAGGUUUCUGGGGCUCCUAUCGUCAUGGCGGCCACGGCCCCCGGUACCGGGGACUCCGCGCCUGAAGCGGCGGCUUCCGCCGAAGCCCCGCUGCAGUACAGCCUUCUUCUGCAGUACCUGGUGGGUGACAAGCGUCAGCCCCGGGUCCUGGAGCCUGGGAGCCUGGGCGGGAUCCCGAGUCCCGCCAAGAGUGACGAGCAGAAGAUGAUCGAGAAGGCGAUGGAAAGCUGCGCCUUCAAGGCGGCGCUGGCCUGUGUGGGAGGAUUUGUCUUGGGAGGUGCAUUUGGGGUGUUCACUGCUGGCAUUGAUACCAAUGUGGGCUUUGACCCUAAGGAUCCUUACCGUACACCGACGGCAAAAGAAGUUCUUAAGGACAUGGGGCAGAGAGGAAUGUCCUACGCCAAAAAUUUUGCCAUUGUGGGCGCCAUGUUUUCUUGCACUGAGUGUUUGGUAGAAUCUUACCGGGGAAAAUCAGAUUGGAAGAACAGUGUCAUUAGUGGCUGCAUCACUGGAGGAGCCAUUGGUUUCAGAGCUGGCUUAAAGGCUGGGGUCAUUGGUUGUGGAGGUUUUGCUGCUUUCUCUGCUGCGAUCGAUUAUUACCUACGGUGAGAGCAGUUGCCUCGAGAAGGACAGUGCCAGCCCAGGAUCAGAGCUGUUCUGUGGAGGGCAGUUUCUGCUCUGCUCCAGGGCACUGGCUUCAGACUGAAGACAUUGGUUUUUCCUUAUAUAGUUGGUGUCAUGCAGGAACCGCCUGGCUUCAAUCUGCCUCCAGCCUCUGAGCGGCCACACUCUCUGCUCCUGGACUCCCCAGGCUAUGUGUGGGAUGUGUGCCAUGCCAGCUCCUCUCUCUCACGGGCAGAUCAGGAGUCAGUGUGUUGACUUGGAGGAAUUGAGUUCCACAGAGGUUCAGUCCUGACCACAUCUGGCCCCCUGGUUGUUUGGCGCUGUGGGAACAGAGGGCACUUUACAUACCCUGGAAGCUCUUCUGUCUUGGACAUCCAUGCAGUCAUCCAUCUCACACAUCAGGGCAGGGCAAAGUACGUUUAUGCCGUCUGACCAAUUAUGUCAUUUUGUUUAGCAUUCUGCUAUCCUUGUUAAAAAUAUAUAUAUUUAUAUUACAGUUUAAA